AUAAGUCAGUAUUUUGGUUCCACAAAAUUGAUACUUCAUUUAGGGAACUCUAAACACUUACUACUUAAUAAGCUACUUCAAAAUAUUAUUGUGCUUACUCGUUUCACUAAACUAAGAGCUGAAAUACAACAUUUAUAAUGUCUGAAAAACAUAAUGAUGAUGAAAAUAUAUCUGACGGAAAAAAUCAAGAUGAAAAGAUGACAAGCAGUGAUUUUCAAACAUUAGUGAACCGUGAUGAUCUCUUGAGAACAGAAAUUGGUGAAUUUGGCUGGUUCCAGUUGCGAUAUGUUCUUAUCAUAAUUAUACCAGUUAUGUUUUCUGCCAUUAGAAAUGAUUACAUCCUAUCCGCUGCAGCUAUACCACACAGGUGUCGAAUUCCAGAAUGUGGUGAGAAUAGCAGGUUAGAUGAUUACAGUCCUGAUUGGAUCUUGAACGCAGUGCCGGGGACAAAGUCAGGCUUCUCGAGCUGUGACAGAUAUGCUCCUAUUGAUUCCGGAAGCAACGGUUCCUUGGACUAUUGUCCUGGCAGCCUAUUUGACCAGGCAAACGUCAUUAGCUGCAAAGACUUUGUCUAUGCAAAUGAUUAUAGCGUAGUAUACGAUUUUGACCUUGGAUGCAACGAAUGGCUUCGCGCUUUAGCAGGCACAGUAGGCAAUAUCGGUUUAUUACUAGGAUUGCCCCUAACGGGAUACAUCUCAGAUCGUUUUGGCCGCAAGGUCGCUUUAGUGUUCAAUAUAUUUUCUUUGGGCCUUGUUGGUGUGAUCCGAGCUUUUUCUGUUAAUUACGCCAUGUACAUGAUAUUGGAAAUGGUUCAGACUGUAUUAGGAUCAAGUGUGUAUACUACGUCUAUUGUUUUAGCCACAGAGCUUAUUGGACCAAACUAUCGCUUCGUCGGUAUAACAUUACUGUCAAUGUAUUCACUAGGGCAAGUGUUGAUGGGCGGAGUGUUUUGGCUUAUUGGUUCUUGGCGAUACGUCAUUCUGGUGCUUUGUAUCCCUUGCUUAUUCAUGUUUGUUUAUUAUUGGCUUCUGUCUGAAAGUAUUCGCUGGCUCCUCGUUAAGGAAAGGUACGCUGAAGCGAGGAAGAUAAUAGAAACUGCAGCAAGAUUGAAUAAAAAAUCAAUCAGUGAUAAGUCUAUGGACGCUUUAUUGAGACCUCAGCAAGAGCCUCUCUCUGGUUCAGGGGUGAGAAAAGCGGGCUUAAUUCGGACGGUGAUACGCUCUCGCAUAUGUACCACUCCCUUUUGGUUUGUCGCGGGAACAUUUGUCUACUACGGACUAUCCAUCAACUCGACCGGACUGUCAGAUACUAUGUAUCUAAACUACAUGUUGAUUUGCGCUGUGGAAAUACCUGGAGUUUUCAUUGGAGCUUUUUUACUCACUAAGAUUGGCCGAAAAACUACACUGGCGUCGGGAUAUUUCUUCAGUGCUUUAUGCAACAUACUCUUUGUCGUAAUACCCAAUGAUAGCAUGUAUACAGUCCGGCUAAUAGCUUAUUUACUUGGAAAGGUGGGAGUGACGACGGCGCAGACUUGUCUCUUCCUCUACACAUCGGAGCUGUACCCCACGGAAUAUCGACAAACUUUUCUGGCGUUUUCGUCAACUGUGGGGCGACUUGGUGCUAUUGCUGCUCCACUGACGCCACCACUUAAACAAUACUGGCACGGCCUUCCGUCAGUGAUGUUUGCUGCUAUGGGCUUCCUCGCUGGUGCCUCGGUGCUCACGCAACCUGAAACUCUAGGGACGAAGCUCCCUGAUACGUUUGCAGAAGCAGAAAUGCUAGGCAAACCAGAUAACAGACAGAACUCUGAAUUCUGAAUGCAUCGAAUCGGUGC